AAAAGAUUUGCCAAAAACGUUGGCCACCAUUAUUUAUAAUAGUGUUGCCUUUCGUAACGAAUUAAUUGGACUCGUAAGUGCAAUGAAAGCAAUUUCCGAAGGUUACAAACUAUUUAUUGAAAUCUUCAACAACGAUGACUCCAAGGAUUUGGCCAUAACAGAAUACCGAAGAUCCAUUGAAAGAUCUUAA